CGUAGAGGGCGUGCGGGUGGCCUCAGGGACGGAAGCCGGGAGGUGCCGCCGACCGCGCCUGCGACAGCGUCAGCUCUGCGCGGAGCGCCGGCCCAUGGCGGCGGCGGCGGCGGCGAUGGCAGAGCAGGAGGGCGCCCGCAACGGCGCCCGCAACCGCGGUGGCGUCCAGCGCGUGGAGGGCAAGCUGCGUGCCAGCGUCGAGAAGGGCGACUACUACGAGGCGCACCAGAUGUACCGGACCCUCUUCUUCAGAUACAUGUCCCAAAGCAAGCAUGCAGAGGCCCGGGAGCUCAUGUACUCAGGAGCGUUGCUGUUCUUCAGUCAUGGCCAGCAGAACAGUGCGGCUGACCUGUCCAUGCUGGUCCUCGAAUCCUUGGAGAAGGCAGAGGUGGACGUAGCUGAUGAGUUGUUGGAAAAUCUGGCUAAAGUGUUCAGCUUGAUGGAUCCAAACUCUCCUGAGCGAGUAGCUUUUGUGUCCAGAGCCCUGAAGUGGUCCAGUGGAGGGUCUGGGAAACUGGGCCAUCCUCGGCUCCACCAGUUGCUGGCCCUAACGCUGUGGAAAGAGCAAAACUACUGUGAGUCUCGGUAUCAUUUCCUGCACUCCACUGACGGCGAGGGCUGCGCCAACAUGCUGGUUGAGUACUCCACUGCCCGAGGCUUCAGAAGUGAGGUGGACAUGUUCGUGGCCCAGGCUGUGCUGCAGUUUCUCUGUUUGAAAAACAAGAACAGUGCCCUGGUGGUCUUUACAACGUACACACAGAAGCACCCGUCCAUCGAGGAUGGGCCACCCUUCGUUCAACCCCUGCUCAAUUUCAUCUGGUUUCUGCUGCUGGCUGUGGACGGCGGCAAGCUGGCUGUGUUCACAGUGCUGUGCGAGCAGUAUCAGCCGUCCCUGCGGAGGGACCCCAUGUACAACGAGUACCUCGACAGGAUUGGACAGCUCUUCUUCGGUGUGCCGCCAAAGCAGACAUCCUCCUAUGGAGGCUUGCUAGGGAACCUGCUGAGCAGCCUCAUGGGCUCCUCAGAGCAGGAGGAGGGGGAAGAGAGCCAGGAUGACAGCAGCCCCAUCGAGCUGGACUGAAGCUGCCUGGCCAGCGUGGAGAUGCCCAUGGCCGGCACCGCUGGGACGGAUUCAGUGCCAGGCUGGGCACAAGGCCCCUUACCAGUGGGCUCCUGCUCUGCGGCUGGUGGUGCCACAUGUGCAGAGUCUGUCCCUAUUUAUGUAUGGUGGCUGAGGGCUGUGUGGCCAGGACCAAGAGCAAGGCCCGGCUCCUGCUGGCCAACCGUGUUCCUUCAGAUCACCCACAAUAAAGCGCAGGCCUUGCUGCAGCACCCCGCUGCCGUCCUUGUCUCUGGUUCCUUGGGGAGGGCUGCAGGUUGACAGGCAGCCUGGCGGCAGCGACUGGUAUCCCUUCUCCUGUGUCCAGUGCAGCCAUGGCCUGCCAGAGGAGUGAUGACCACUGCUGUAAGCCAGGCAGGAUCCUGAGUCCUGCGGAUAAGAUUGGGUUCCUUGUUUGUUUGAAUUUUGUUUGGACACAGAGUCUUUUUGCAAUCAUGGUGAGCUUCCCAGGGACAGAGCACAUGUGCUGUGGUGGCCAGGUUCCUCGGAGGUCACAAGCAGCUGGCCAGAGCAAUGUCCUGUGGUCUGUAGGGCUGUGGCCCUGCUGUAGUCUGUGGGCUUGUCCGUUCAGGCUGCGGCCCUGCUGUAGCCUGUGGGCUUGUCCGUUCAGGCUGUGGCCCUGCUGUAGCCUGUGGGCUUGUCCGUUCAGGCUGCAGCCCUGCUGGUCCCACGAGCCCCACACUGCUGCUCCGGAAAUGUUUUUAAAGGGUGCCGUAGAUUUUCAUGUCCUUCAUGUUGCAGUAUUUAUUUUUACUGGGUGAGGGAUUUUUUCAACCUAAUGUUUUAGGACUUAACCAAAUAACCAGUCCAGAAAUGAGCAACCCCAUCCAUUACUACAGAUAAUAUCCACGCUACCAGUCUGAUUAUAAAGGGAGACACUUUAUUUUUUCACAAUUAAAAUAGAGUUGUAGAUUAAUACACCUCUAUCUUGCAUGGGAAGGAGGGAAAUAUGCGUUAUUUACUGUAAAAAAAAAAUGGAAUUUAAAGGAAGGCUUGUGUCACCUGUUGACUAUAAAUAAAUCCUUUCUACUGGG